AUGAAUAAUACUGUUUAUAAAGUUUGUUUUUAUAGAAACAUGAGAAUUCUUUUAUUUAAUUUAAUUGAAGUUAGUUUUUAUGUAUUAUUUAGUUAUUCUCAUAUUUUUUUGUUUUUCAUUAUGUUAAUAUGUUGUUUAUUUCAUUUUGGUCAUUUUACCUAUCUUUACAUCUUCUUUAUUUAUCUUUUCGUUAAAAUGAUUUCACAUGGUAUCAUCAUUAUCUCUUAUUUCUAUAUAAUUUUUACUUUCUCAUUCUUUUAUUUUACUUUUAUUAUUAAUUAUCAUCAUUUGUUUUUCAUUUUCAUUAUUGAUUGGAAUUAG